AUGUUUUUGCCUUCUGUAUAUCCGCAGUAUGCAUGUGCAUUAAAAGAGAAAGGAGCAGAUAUUAAGGUGAUGAUGUUUCCUGAUGACACACGAACUCGACAGGACCAGCCAAUAGAAGAGAUAUUUGAAGAGACCGGAAUCAAUGGCACUCAGUUGGACAGAUUCUCCAUUAAAUUUAUGUACAACAAGCUCAGAGGAGAUUUUGCCAAAGUUCCAUGGAGAAAGAUGAUAUGUAAUAACCAAGGAGCCCCUAAGUGGAUCUUCAUCACAUACCUAGCAGUACAUGGAAAGCUAUACACCAGGGACAGGUUACUCAAAUGGGGGAUUAUUGAUGAUGCUGAGUGUGCUAUGUGUGGUUUGGAAACUGAGUCAACUGACCAUUUAUGUUUCAAGUGCCCACUGUCUGCCGGAAUUUGGGGACAGUUGCUUCAAUGGCAAGGGUACUCAAGACCAGUCCUGGCAUGGAAGGACGAGCAAGAAUGGCAAAGAUUGUACGCUAAUGGCAAGAACUCUAAAGAUGAGAUGUACAGGGUGACAUUGACUGGUUGCAUUUAUAUGUUAUGGCACGAAAGGAAUUGCAGAAUCUUUCAGCAGAAAAUGAGGACAGUAAAUGUGCUAACAACGAUGAUAAUCUUGAAAGUUAUAUGUCGAGAAACCAUGAAGCCUAAGUUAACUAGUAGAGUUAUGCAUUUGAAUACUUACUUGUAA